AUGUCAGAUAACGCAACAGGCUCUUCCGCGAUGCAAGAAGAUCGCAUUGAGACUGAAAACAUGACCUCUAAAGACUACUACGCGGACUCCUAUGCCCAUUUCGGUAUCCACGAGGAAAUGUUGAAAGACACCGUGCGGACGACUUCUUACCGGAAUGCCAUGUACAACAACUCUCACCUCUUCAAGGGGAAGACGGUGUUGGACGUCGGAUGCGGUACUGGUAUUUUGAGCAUGUUCGCUGCUAAGGCAGGCGCAAAGCACGUGGUCGGGAUUGAUAUGUCAAAUAUUAUUGACCAGGCACAAAAGAUUAUCGAGGCAAAUGGUUUUAAAGAUACCAUCACCCUUGUCAAGGGAAAACUCGAAGAAGCUGAGCUUCCUUUCCAGCAAUUUGACAUUAUCGUUAGUGAAUGGAUGGGAUACUUUUUGCUCUAUGAGAGUAUGCUGGAUACGGUUCUCCUGGCUCGGGACAAGUAUUUGGCACCGGACGGUUUGUUGUUCCCGGAUACUGCAACGAUCUAUCUCGCAGCAAUUGAAGAUCAGGACUACAAAGAGGAAAAGAUCAACUUCUGGGACAAUGUUUACGGCUUUGAUUACAGCUGUAUCAAAGAUAUCGCACUCCGGGAACCAUUAGUAGACACCGUCGAGUUAAAGGCCGUAGUCACCAAACCGUGCGCAAUCAAGCACAUCGAUCUUCGCACCGUGAAGAAGGAAGAUCUGACAUUCAGCACCGACUUCACGUUAGUAGCUGAGCGCGUAGAUUAUAUUCAUGCUUUCCUUGCUUGGUUUGAUAUCUGCUUCGAUGCUGCUCACAAGCCUGUCAAGUUCAGUACUGGCCCACACGCCAAAUACACCCAUUGGAAGCAAACAGUGUUCUAUACCAAAGACGUCAUUCCCGUCAAGGCCGGAGAUGAAAUAGUCGGUACGCUAACGUGCGCACCUAACCAAAGGAACAAUCGAGACUUGGACAUCGCCAUCAAAUACGAGAGUAAGGGGGAGCGACCAGCUGCUGACCAUAUUCAGUAUAAAAUGGCCGAAUUGGGAAAAUCUCAGGAUGCUGGCAACCAAUUGGAUAGGCAUGUACUGGGGAUAGCAACCAGUGAGAGAUCGAGCGUCGAGAUUCUCGGCGAGCCUCCAGACUCGGCGAGCCAUAUACGCAUGUAUCACCGACAGAUGGGUGGAGUCGGAACGAAGGCCGCGAUGGCUCCCUCCGAACGAAUGGGUGGAACAAUGCCGAAUGAUCGACGUCGACUAAACGAGGAAUGUUUCAGAUCUCAACAAAACGUGAGAUACCUGAUGCACGAGACGACUGCUCAAGCCGAUGCCUGCCGACAAUUAUCAUGUAAUGAUGACGGGACACGGGGAAUGAUCACAGCACUCCCAAGACUGCCCUCAUUGGGAACCGUGUCCAGCUCUUUGACGACCGCGACAAUUUCUUCAACUUACUUUCGACCUGUACCAGCAGCUUCUCGUCUCAAUGAAAUGACUUCAUCACAGCCUCCUGGUACAUCCUUGUUUGCGUUCCCACUAUCGCUCACAACAGGGGAAGGGUUGCUCACAAAUUCAUCUACCGUAGUGCAAAGGGGAUUUUCGGCAGGCACCGUGAUUGCACUAUCGACAGUACUGCCGGCAAUCAUAUUACUUUUGCUGAUCAUAAUAAUCCAUUUGCUCCGAGCUCGAAACCGCUCUAGGCCAAGAAGUUCCCCAAAGGACUACGAAAACGACUUCCCGCUGGCAGAUAUCCGACGCCAGGAGACUUCUUUCGACAUCUUGGAGCAUCGUGCUGUCUCGCCCUUCCAUUUAAGCAUGCAUGAUCUCGUAUUUGGGAGAAACACGAACAGCACUAAGCCCGAGACAGCCAGCGUUAGAUCCCAUGUAUCCUCGGAUUCUGGUCACAGGGCACCGAAUAUUCAUAUCCAUCCACCCGCUGCACCUCCUAUUGCUGUCACUUCCAUUCCUCGUCCCAGUUCGCUUUCAAUGCCUGUACUCGCCGUGCGCUAUCCGUCAAGAAUAGCCUCCAGCAGUUUGGCCCCGAAAGAUCGAGCCAGUAUAUAUGUGGAUGGCACAAGUAUAAAUAGUGCUGCCGCAUCAACGGUCGUAUUCGCCCAUGGUCCUUUCACAGAGGGGGGGACUAGCGGCGGCAGGCCGAGUUUCGAUGGAUCAGUCCGACCGUUGAGCAUAGAUACCAGGCGCAACAGUAGAGACGAUUUUGCUUCAAGCAGGCGCACAAGCCAAGGCGAGCCUCCAAUUGCCGCGGGUAUACCUUCUGGACGGAUUGGUGCGGCUGAAACAUUAAUUGGUGACAGGCAUAUAGCAUCUAGUCCUCACGGGUUGAAAUUGCUGGGAAUCGGACCUCCUGCACGUGCCCAUGCACGAUCAAGCUCACAACCAGCGCCAACGUAUGGCUUGCCAUCUUUACAGUUAUCCCCUCGAACAAGAACUCGACAAUCUCCGGGAGAAUCCUAUGUCAGUUCACCAUUGGGGUCACCAGUGCAAGGUCCACCUACUCGACCAUGGCCGCAGCGCAUAUAUUCACAUCGCGUUUCAGCUUCACUCCCUACUCCUGCACAAGCAUCACCCUUGUUUCCGCCACCGCCACCUGCUCCACCUCCUAAAGAUUACGACCGUCCUUCGUUGAGCAUCAUUGUUCCUUCACGAUUGGGCGCUCCCAUCAGGCCCGUUGCCGAACUCUCUGCGCUCCAAAGUCCGUCGACACCAUUCCAGCAAACCCCACGAGCAAACACCCCACGAACAGCUGUCCCGCGCACACCUGCAUCAGUCCUGAGUAUUCAGGAUAUACUUGGUCCCAACCGACCCCGUGGAAUGAACGAUCGCCCAGAGCCAAGUGCAGAGACGCGUGAGAGGGUUCUUCGGUUGCUAGGGCGGCUGCCCGAGGAACCUUCUUCAAACGGCGCGGGAAGCAGGGAAGGUGGCGAGAGGAGGUCCAGAGAGGUACGGCGUACUCAGUCCGAAGGUCGCCUCUCCGGCCAGAGACGUGAUGCGACAGAGUGA